AUGCCGGCAGCUGUCGUCAAAGGCAUCAUCCUCUCCAUUUCCCUCAUCGCCGCCCUCGGCAUCGCUGUACUCGAGAAUCCGCAGGUGCAAGAAUGGCUUGAAGAGCAGCGACGUAAAGUUGCCGAGUUGUUGCGACAGAUUGGUCAAGAGCUUGAUCCCGAAAGCAGGAGAGCUGCCGAGGCUUUCGCCUUCGAAGGUCGGACAAUCAUCAACGAUGAGGGUCUUCAGCGUGAGGCUUCAGGCAGCCAGGAAGCAGCAGCCUUAGCCACGGGCAGGAGUCUGUCCAACCCUAGCACAAUACGCCGCAUUCCAAUAUCAGGACGGGUGGAUUCAACUGAGGCAGAAGAGCGACGACGAAAGGGCAGGGAGUAUCUUGCUAGGCGCAACCAGCAGAUGUAUGAGCUCCAGCAACGACGGAAUGCUGCCAAGGCUGCCGGGACAGAGACUCCACCAUCGCCGACGUUCGACACCCUCGUGGACGAUGAAGGCAAGUUGAAGACUGCUACAGGAGAGGAGGAGAGAGAACUAUUCUCGCCACCUAUGACCCAACUGCAACCACAUCCGAUCAGGGAGGAGAUGCGUGAGACCGAUCGUAGCCUUACUGAACCACUUCUCGCUGGCGAGUCCAGCUCGACUGGUGCUAGUGGAUGGAAUGCGGGAUCAUGCUUUGCGAAUCCUUUUGGUGACGAGUACGCCCUUGAGGGGAGUAUCACGCCGAAGCCACCAGUCCCUCCGAAGAUCGAGCUUGAUCGAGUAUCAAGUCCUCCCAUCUCUGUCCCCGAGCAUGCAGCUACGCCUCCGAUUUCUGUACCUGGGGCAUACGAAGCACUGCCAACAGAGGACUCUCAGCAGAUCGAUCAUUCGAGAUUGAGCUACGAAGAGCAGCUCGCCAUCGCACUUUCACUCUCCGAGCAGGAAAGCACCACAAACUCUGCUACCGUCGGGCAGAGUGAGCCGGACAACGAUGAUGAUGCACUACUCGCGGCGAUAGCAGCCAGCUUGAAAGAUAUGGACGACCAGCAAGCCGCACACGCCAUUGCUCACGCGGAGCCCUCGACACCACAGGACAUCCCCGUGACUGCUGAACCACUGGUAGAUCUAACACCCUCGACACCACCGACUCGCCCACGGAAUAGUAUGUGGGAAGGGAUGUUCGAUCCACAACUGUCGCCUUCUCGUGAACCACUGACCCUCCCACCCUCUUCCGUGGCUAGAUCGGAGGCUUCGGACGAUCUCUACAGCGCUACUCCAGAACUUACUCGCGCAAGGCUAGCACACUUCGACGCACAGCAAAUGCCGGCAGCGCUAUCGACAACUUCGAGCUUACCUUUUGACCCUGUCCGCGACGCCGCAACAUCUUCUUCGCAGCCAGUCCGAGACCUCAUGGACGCCAGUUUCUACUCCGCGGCCGAUGUCGUGUCACGACCUGAGAGUGCGCGAAGCCAAACUCUCGAUCGUGAGACACCGCACCUCAUUGACGUGGAUGAAGAGGUGCCACGCGAAGGGGCACGAACUCCCACAUCGCGGGCUCACUCAUCUUGGGGCUUCCAGACUGAUUCUGACACUGACACUUUCGCAUCGAUAUCUGGACCAGCUUCUCGAGCACAAUCGCUGCCCAGGAGUGAGACAUCCACGAUUGAGGUCAUUGAUGUCGCAGAGGACAGUGAUGUCGAUAUGUUGUCGGAGGAGGGUGAUGGCGUUGCCACACCCGACAGCUGGUCAGAAGUUGGAUCGAGGGAUGCAGAGAGUGAUACUGAGGAGGACACGAGGCAACAUCCCAGCGUGAGCAUCUAA